UGCAAAAAUAACACGUAGCACACCGUCACCACACACGCGCAUGCAAGAGUCGUCAAACAUACAUUUUGUUGGAGGUAGAUCUACAAAACACGAACAAAUUUAUGAUUUGCUAGAUGCUAUUCGAGUAAAGUUGUCUAUUUUACUGAAGAUUUGAGCCGAAGAAGAAUUGUGGUAAACUGAAGAACUUUCACCAUGAAGAAAGCUUUUGUAGUUUUGUGCUUUGUGGUGUUCUGCCUCAACGCCCUCAUGAUGGUGAGGGCAGAGGAAGAUGAAGAAGAAGAGGAAAAGGAGAAUGACAUUGGAACAGUUGUUGGUAUCGAUCUCGGAACAACAUAUUCCUGUGUUGGUAUCUUCAAGAAUGGCCGAGUGGAAAUUAUCGCCAAUGACCAGGGUAACCGUAUCACACCAUCGUACGUGGCUUUUACCGCUGAAGGGGAGCGUCUCAUUGGUGAUGCCGCCAAGAACCAGCUGACUAGUAAUCCUGAGAACACCAUAUUUGAUGCCAAGAGAUUGAUUGGCCGUACAUGGGACGACAAAGCUGUACAGCAUGAUCUCAAGUACUUUCCCUUUAAGGUCAAGAACAAGAACAACAAGCCCCAUGUUGAGGUCAAUGUAGGGGAUGGCAAGAAACUCUUCGCUGCAGAGGAAAUCAGCGCAAUGGUCCUCAUCAAGAUGAAGGAAACUGCUGAGGCUUAUCUUGGUAAGAAAGUGACCAAUGCUGUGGUAACGGUUCCAGCCUACUUCAACGAUGCCCAGCGCCAGGCCACUAAGGAUGCUGGUGUCAUCGCUGGUCUGAAUGUAAUGAGAAUCAUCAAUGAGCCAACUGCUGCUGCCAUUGCAUACGGUCUUGACAAGCGUGAAGGAGAGAAGAACAUCCUGGUGUUUGACCUCGGCGGUGGAACUUUCGAUGUCUCUCUUCUGACAAUUGAUAACGGUGUCUUUGAAGUAGUAUCAACCAACGGUGACACUCAUCUCGGUGGUGAGGACUUUGACCAACGUGUCAUGGAGCACUUCAUCAAACUGUACAAGAAGAAGAAGGGGAAGGAUGUACGCAAGGACAACCGUGCCGUCCAGAAACUCCGACGUGAAGUUGAGAAGGCUAAGAGAGCCCUCAGCUCACAGCAUCAGGCCCGUGUGGAGAUUGAGUCUUUCUUUGAUGGCGAGGACUUCUCUGAGACACUCACCAGAGCCAAGUUCGAAGAACUGAAUGCAGACCUCUUCCGCUCAACCUUGAAACCAGUCAAAAGUGUAAUGGAUGACUCUGACCUGAACAUAGAUGAACUUCACGAAAUUGUCCUUGUUGGUGGCUCAACACGUAUCCCUAAAGUCCAGGCCCUCGUGAAAGAAUACUUCAAGGGAAAGGAGCCUUCCCGAGGAAUCAACCCUGAUGAGGCUGUGGCUUAUGGAGCUGCUGUACAAGCUGGUGUACUUAGUGGAGAUGAUGGCACAGGUGACCUUGUUCUUCUUGACGUCAACCCCUUGACCAUGGGAAUUGAGACUGUUGGUGGUGUAAUGACCAAACUUAUUCCAAGAAAUACCGUCGUCCCCACCAAGAAAUCACAGAUCUUCUCUACAGCAGCAGAUAACCAGCCCACUGUAACCAUCCAAGUAUUUGAAGGUGAAAGACCAAUGACAAAAGACAACCAUCUUCUCGGAAAGUUUGACCUGAACGGCAUCCCACCAGCCCCACGUGGUGUCCCCCAAAUUGAAGUCACCUUCGAGAUUGACGUAAACGGCAUCCUUAGAGUUUCUGCUGAAGACAAAGGCACAGGAAACAAAGAAAAGAUCACCAUUACCAAUGACCAGAACCGCCUCACACCCGAGGACAUUGAGCGCAUGAUCAACGAUGCUGAAAAAUUCGCAGAUGAUGAUCUUAAAGUUAAGGAAAAGGUCGAGGCAAGGAACGAACUUGAGAGCUACGCAUACUCACUCAAAAACCAAAUUAAAGAUGAGGAAAAAUUAGGAGGAAAACUAUCCGAAGAGGAGAAGGAAACCAUUAAUCAAGCUCUCGAUGAGCAAAUCGAAUGGUUUGACGCAAAUCAAGAUGCAGACAAAGAAGAAUUUGAAGCACAUAAAAAGGAAUUGGAAGAUAUUGUUACACCAAUCGUCAGUAAAUUAUACGAAGGAGCUGGCGGGGCCCCACCACCAGGGGGUGAGGAAGGAGAAGAUGAAUAUGAUAAGGAUGAGUUAUAAACAAAACUAGACGAGCCAAGAGACUCAUAAAAAUUGUUAUCAGAGGAGAGAUACUCAAGAUCUUUAGACGUCAGGAGCAAGUGUCAUAGCAAUUUGUUGCCACAUCUUCUUUUUUUUUUUUAAAUGAAAGAAAACACCCCCAAAAUGGCAAUAUACUGGCAAUAAUUGCUGAGUAAAGAUCUUGUGUUGAUGCAAAAAGGGAAAGCUAAAUUGCCAAUUGUUGGCUGUUAAUCAGAUCUCUCUUCAAAUGUAGAUUUACAGUUUUGUUAAUCAACAUUUGAGAGAUCUUUAUGUUGAAAACUUGUUGGACCUUUAAAAUUUAGUCCAUGGAUCCAAUUCUGUUUUGGAAGUGAUUUCACAAAACUGCAGGGAAUAAAUCUGAUAAAUGUUAUGGUCAUUUUUUAUCAUUCUUUGUUGGAUUCUCCUUGCGACCUUUUUGAACUUGUCCUAAUGUUUUAGGAAUAUUGAUGAACAAAUCUAACAGUUUAUGAUUUAUAAACAAACAGGUAAAUUAUUUUACUUUUAUUUUUUCUUGCAUUUUGCCUUAGACCUGGUUAGAUUGAUUAAUUUCUAGAUAUUUUGAAAGACUGUCUCAAAUUCUACUUUGGUAUACAUGUACAAUGAAAUUCCAUUAUUCGUGAAUAAAAUUUGAAGUAACGGGCUUUUUUUUCAAAUUUCAAACACUUAAUCUUUGAUCCUUUUGGCCAAUAAAAUCAGCCAACCACUCAAUAAUACUUUAUAUAAAACAGUAAUUAAAUUUCCCCUUGGGUCAAGGUGCCUGAGGGUUUGCUUUUGGUAUCAGAACCCAAUUACAUCAAUUUCACUUUUUGUAACGGCGCCCAAUAACAAAUUUUCUCCUUGAGCAAAUUUCCUUCAUAUUUUCUCAAGAAGAAAAUUGUUAUGGGGCGCCAUAAUGUUUUUUUCUUCCCGGUGUUAUUGACUAGUGCAAGAGAACAGAAUGGGAAAUACAAAGCUGGAAACAUUUUGAUAGCUUUAUCAUGAAUAUUGAUGAUAGACUCGAAGGAACUUGAACGUGCAUAAUCAUUGUAAUGCAUAACAUGCAGUCCUGAGGGAAAGUCUUUUUCUUUGAAUUUUUUGGUGUUUUGUUUAAAUUGUACGGUCUUCAUGGAUUUGGUGUACACUUUGCAAAAUGAGAACACCAACUCUAUGUGUGAAAAGUUAUAUAAUUUAUUAUUGUCUUGUCACCGCAUUAUGAGGCAUUUUUUAUAAGUGCGUGUGAAAUAAAACUUUACCAAAUACAUGUACUGAAACUGUUUUGAAAA